AUGGCUACACUUGACUGGCAUGCCGAGAGAGGCGAUCUCUCAAAUUUAGCUCUGCUCGACCGGGCUCCAGAGAGUGAAGGUAUCGACCUCCAAGCAUUGCGCCUAUAUCGACUGGGACGCGUUCGUGGGCAGAUGGCACAAUACGGCAUUGACGCCCUCAUCCUUUCAGAUCCUGUCAACAUUCGCUACGCUACCGGCAGUCGGAACAUGCAGGUAUUCAGCAUGCGCAAUGCACCAUCUCGCUACUUGCUGUUAACUGCCAACCGCUCGAUAAUGUUCGAGUUUACAGGCUGUGCGCAUUUGAGCCAAGGGUAUGAGACUAUCGACGAAGUACGUGUGGCCAAGACAGCUAGCUUUGUUGCUGCGGGUCCCAACAUUGAGGAACGAGAGAUCUCUUGGGCCCAGGAAGUAGGGGAUCUCACUCGAUCCUUGAUCGGACAUGCCGGAAAACUGGGACUGGAACGACUCAAUGCCAACGUGGCUCUCGCCUUGAAGGGCCUUGGGUUCGAUAUCGUGGACGCUCAGCGGCCCAUUGAGAUGGCGAGAGCCAUCAAAUCUGCCGAUGAAGUCAAGUGUAUUGUUGCAUCAUUGCGGGCUACAGAACGUGGUGUCAGUGUCUUGCGCGACACCAUUCGACCGGGCAUCACAGAGAACCAGCUGUGGUCCGUUCUACAUCAGUCAGUUAUCGCGCAAAAUGGGGACUAUUGUGAAACACGACUCCUGAGUGCCGGCAAUCGCACCAAUCCUUGGUUUCAAGAAGCGGCGAGUUAUGUCAUUGGGGAGAAUGAGCUGAUCGGCCUCGACACCGAUGUCGUCGGGUGUCAUGGAUAUUACUCGGACUUCUCACGCACCUUUCACUCUGGGCCGGACACUCCUACCGAGUCCCAACGAGAGCUCUACAGAAUUGCCCACGAACAAGUCGCUCACAAUAUGAGCAUUUUGCGUCCUGGUCUCAGUUUCCGCGAAUACGCCGAGCUCGCAUGGGAUAUCCCGGACAAGUACUAUGCCAACCGUUAUUACCUCUCGGCACACGGGUGCGGGAUGACAGGAGAAUAUCCAUACCUGUACCAUCGUGGAGACUUCCCCGAUGCCGGCUAUGAUGGUGUCAUCGAAAGCGGAAUGGUCCUCUGCGUGGAGAGUUAUAUCGGCGAGGAAGGAGGAGCAGAGGGAGUCAAGCUCGAGCAGCAGGUUUUGGUCACCGAGACAGGUAUUGAAAUCUUGUCCCAGUUUCCAUUCGAGGCCAGUCUACUCCAGUCGUGA